AUGAGGACUCUGGGCCUUUUCGUCCUCUGCUUGCCAGUACUUCUGGCCCAGGGGCAGUAUGACAUCGGAGACCCAGCAUACCACGACAACCCGUACAUCCCCUACGAAAUAGAAAGUCAAGAUUACUAUGACUACGCUGGCAAUGACAUUGCCCCGCAGACUCCGGAAGAGCAAUACCCCUACCAGUCCCAGCAGCAGAAUCAGCAGGAGGUCAUCCCGGCCCCAACCCCAGGCCUUGCUGAGACGGAGCCCACGGAGCCCGGGCCCUUUGACUGCCAGGAGGAGCAGUACCCGUGCACACGACUGUACUCGGUCCACAAGCCCUGCAAGCAAUGUCUGAAUGAGCUCUGCUUUUACAGCCUGCGGCGGGUUUACGUGAUCAAUAAGGAAAUCUGCAUUCGUACCGUCUGUGCCCAUGAAGAGCUGUUGAGAGCUGACCUCUGCCGUGACAAGUUCUCCCGGUGCGGUGUGAUGGCGACCAGCGGCCUGUGCCAGAGUGUGGCUGCCUCCUGUGCCAGAAGCUGCGGGGGCUGCUAAGUAGGGGCACCCCC